AGAUUUUUUUUAAUGGUGUGAAUAUGUGUGUGUGUCUGUGUGUGUCUGUGUGUGUGUGUGUCUUUGGUCUCCGCUGUCCACACCUGUCGUGUUAGCUAGCAUGCUAAUUUCUUAAAGCUAGUAUUUGAGCUAAUAAAAUAAAUUAGCUGACUUGUCGGAGGCACGACGCCGACCCCCCCGUCACCGCAACUCUCUAAAAUAGUCCGCUAACACGGCGCCACAGCGGGCACACGAGUCUACCAAAAGCAGCCGGGGCGGCUCAUUUGUUUAUCUAUUACAAAUUAACUUAAUUAAUGUGAAGUGGCAAGGCUGGCUAAUUAGCUCGGCUGUUAGCUUUAGCAGCUAAUUGACCCGGGUUGAAGGGGCAGAGGCCAUGUUGUCCUCCCGUCCACUGAACUUUGUUUACAUGGCGAGUUUAUGGGCGAGUUCCUCCGAGGAGACACUGUUUAACACGAACUGUUUAGGCAUGAAAACACAUAAGUCACACGUCUUUUUUUUAUGUAUUUAACAUUAUACGGCAGCACUAACGGACUUAAAGCUAAAUCCUCAGAGACUCCGGAGCUGGAGUGCAAAAAAUAUUCCCUAAAACACAUUUUAAACUCGUUUUUUUAAAAGACACGUAACCUCUAGGACACGACAGGAUAGAUGAGAUGUCUAUAAAGACGGGUACUUAAGUUUUAUUUAACAACCUGUAAGGUUUGCAGGUUUAUUUUAGAUGAAAAGCUGAUUUAAAGUGUCAAAAUAACACUGACUAAAUGAGACAAACUGGGCUGCUAAGCUGCACAUUUAUAAAUAAUAAUUUUUGAUUAAUAUGUAAAUUAGAAGUCAGGUGUUUAGCUGUACACAGUUUUUAUGGAUGUUAUAUGUCUUAUAACAACAUAACGCAUGCCCUUCACCAUGUAUUUCAUUUUUGGUCUUUCAGUCUUAUAAGUAUUUCAUAGCUUCAGGUUGAAUGCUCAGAGCUGUAAUUGCUACCACAUCGGCGUCACGUUUUCUGCUAUUAAAUUUUCAUGUUCCUCGCUCCCUGAUAUCAUAUGUUCCCUCCAGAAUUAGCCCGCAACAAGUCCCCUGAUUCGCACGAGGCCGCUGCAAACAAGAGAUGGAGUCCCUGAUGAGUGCGGUGGCGCCGCGCUCCCCAGCCCCCGCCAAGAAACUGUCAGAGGUGGACUUCCGGUCGGGGGCCACCCUGGACCAGCUGUCGUCCCAGGUGUCCGAGCUGGUGGUGCUGGAACAGGGAGAGUUCGGAGACCAGACCGCCUUAGAGGUCCACACUGCCAAGGACUUUAUCUUCAACAUGCUAGGCUUAGUCCAGAAGGUAGACCAGCGCCUCCCGGUGGCCAAUGAGUACCUGCUGCUGUCAGGUGGAGCCCGGGAAGGAGUCUUGGACCUAAACCCUGAAGACCUGGGUGACUACGCCAAAGGGGCGGACUUUGACCUGGACUUCACCCUGCUGGUGCCUGCCCUCAAGCUCCAUGACCGCAACCAACCCGUCACCCUGGACAUGAGGCACUCCCCGCCAUGCCACUCGUGGCUCAGCCUACGCCUCUGCGACUCCAACAUCCUGUCCCGCUGGAAUAUCUGCUGCCAGGAGGAGAAUGGACUUCCCGCUGAGGAUGAGGAGGAGGAAGGGGAGAUGGGUAAAGGCUCUAUCCCCUCUCUGGGCUCUCCUCAGUCUCUGGAUGGGUGUUACUUCUCUCCCAGCCUGGUGAUAGACUGGUUCUGGGGGGUGGUGAGCGAGGCUGUGGAGGAGCUGAGGCGCAGCCCCCAGAGAGGCAUUCCGACCCCGGAUAGACUGGAGAGGAAUGGACCUCUUACCACUAUCAUCCUCCAGGCGGGCUCCAGCCGGGUGUUGUACGACCUGCUGCCUGUGGUGUCGUUUCGGGGUUGGCCUGCUGUGGCCCAAGGCUGGCUGACCGCCAACCACUUCUGGGACGGUAAAAUCACAGAGGAGGAGGCCAUAUCUGGCUUCUAUCUGCUGCCCUGCUGCUCUCCGCUGGGUGGUCGGCCCGACAGGGAGUGGAGGCUGGCAUUCUCACGCAGCGAGGUUCAGUUGAAGAAGUGCAUCCCGUACCCGAUGGCUCAGGCUUUCCAAGCAGCCAAAGCCGUGCUGUCCCGUAUCCUGGCCCGUCCACGUGCAGGCCUCAGCCUCUAUCACCUGCGCACCCUUCUUUUCUGGGCCUGUGACCGACUCCCUGGCGCCUACCUGUCCAGCACUGACGCCGACACCCCCGGUCGCCUCCUCCUGGGUCUCCUAGAUGAUCUGGCGCAUUGCAUCCUGGGUAAAAACUGCCCAAAUUACUUCCUGCCACAGUGCAACAUGUUGGAGCACCUGACAGACAGCCAGGCACUGCUCGUCGCGAGGAAACUCGCCCACGUGCGCUCUGAUCCCAGCGAGCACCUCCGUGCGGCUCUGGACCAAGCCCAGCAGGCGGGCCAGCUGAAGAAGGAGCUAACCGGUAGCACCAACGGCCACGGCUCCCCCGGGCACCACCCGGCCAACGGCAUCAUCUCGCCUUCGGAUGACAAGUUGGCGCAGCGGCUGCAGCAGCUGGUCACUGAGAACCCUGGGAAAUCCAUAUCCGUCUUCCUCAACCCAGACGAUGUCACCAGGCCGCACUUCCGCAUCGACGACAAGUUCUACUGAUGCAGACAUGCUGCAGAGAAGACGCGUGGAAAGUGUGUGUGUCAGGCUCACAAACACACUCUGAAAAAAUGCUCUGAGACGUCACAUCAGAGGGAACGGGGACUGAAAAUCAGGCUGGUGUUUUUCUUCGUAACACCGGAGGCCUGGAACUGAACACACUCCUCCUGUCCUGUUCACCAUCCUGAGGCUGAACAAUGCAACAAAGCCUUGCUGCUCCACCGACUCUUUAAACCAAAAAACACACAAUGUCCUACUACUGACAAAUGACGUCCAAUUUGGCGGACCGUCGCACAACAGACCUGAUGUCACAGAACUGUUUCCACGGAGACCGCCCCUCUCCUAAUGAGCUGGCCUUAACGAGACUUAUCAGCCAGGGCUACAAAGACGGCUUUAGAUGUGUGAAAUAAGUCCAGUGGAAAUCAACAGUGUGUGUGCGUGUGUGUGUGUACGCCUAAGGGUUUUCACAUGUUACUUACACUUCUAAAGACAGAGGGAGAAAAGCUCCGUGAUUGCUGCAUUUCUCCGCUUUUUAUUUCAGAUGAGAGCGCGAUGGCGGAAUUAGAAAAGAAAAACAAGGUGUGGCUGAUGUAACUGAAUGUAAUGUUGUGAGGAGAACCGAGAAUCUCUUUUCUCUGUCAAUUACGUUUUUUUAGCCCUCUUCUUUUUCUUCUUUUUUUUCUGAUCCCAACGCCUCCAUCUAUGUCACGUUUUUCGUUUAAAAAAAAAAAAAAUCUCUCAGGUAUUCAUAACACUUCUCCUUUUUUAUAUAUAUAUGAUUCACUUUUAAGGUCUUCAGCUAUUUAUCAGCGGACGCGUACAUUUCAUUAAGAGUGGUAACGGGGUGUACCAAAGAACUGCAGUUGAGCGGUUUAGCGGAGAGAAAUAUUGCAUCAGUCUUACAUAUCCCUAAACAUCAAAUUAUGGUCCAACUUGAUGAGUCGUGGUCAGAAUGUCAAGUCACCGUUUCUCCUCCUGAAGGUCUGGUCGCACCAGAAGUUAAAGCAUUUGCGUCAGAGUCAAUGAAUUCCAAUGGAAUCGUCGCGGCACGUAAAAAGAGAAGUCCAAAAUGGAGGAAGCUAUUAGAUAUCUAGUGGCGUUGCACCGUCAAAGUUUAUAGAACCUCUGAGGGAGUUUAAACUGCUUCACAAGCUCUGGGUUGUGAAGUUAUGAGAUGGCAGUUGACGGUACAAAAAUGGCUUCAAAGUACUGAGUGAACUUAUUUUCCAGUUAGCACCCAGGCUAAUGAGUUAGCUAUGUGUUUUUUUGUUUAGUUUAUUUCUCCCUCUUCUGUUCAUUGAAUGGAAAUAUCUGGAGAACAACAUGUGAGGGGGAGUAAACAGCCACGUACAGAAAACAUGGAAUUAAGCUGAAUGACUAGUGCUAGCAUGUCCCAGUUGGCUAGCAUUUUAGCGGUUAGCUCGGCAGUCACAGUUUAUCAACGUGUCCUGUGAGUUAUCACUACCAGAGCUACCAACCACCCUCGUUUCAAACCUUUAUUUAGAAUAAAUUCAAUUUAUUUAUUUAUUUUACCUCCCAAAUUCAGAUAAUUUGAUGCUUUUCUUGCCAUAUAUGAUCAUAAAUUGAAUAUAUUUGAGGUUUAGGCUGUUAGUCACUUUGGGUUCUUGAACAUUUUCAGUUUCACUGCGUCGCCAAGCUUCUAGAUGAACAUAUUUUACACACAGACGUAGGCUCAUUUCCCUGUUGCACUUUGUGAUGUGACCAGAACUUUUGUCUAGACUGACGAGGAUGUGAAAUGAAGUGGUUCAUUACUUUGUAAUACUGUGGUUCUCUUAAUGUAAGAUAUAGUCUUUGUUGCAGCUCAUAAGUCCUUGAAACUUCAUGAGGUUUCCUGUCUGAGCAGACAUUUUGUCCCUGCUGUUUGGAGUGUUAAGAUAGACCCUUUAUAAGGGAUUUAGAAAAUAUAACCCAGUGUGUGGAGAUGUGAGGAUUCACCGUAUUGAUCAAGUAAGAAAAAGACAGGUGAUGUCAGGACUUAGGUUAUUUAUCUACCACCGACUACAUCGAGGUACUUCACCACGGGCCCAGCACGUCCUGUUGCAUCAUGUAAGCUCGUCUAUUAACUUUUCCUUGAAGAAACUUACAGUUGUGCGUGUCUCUCAUUCGAUUUCUUCUUUUUUUUUGGAGGCCGGUUCUGACUUGACUGAUUCUGAUAAUUGUCCCCCGUCUCCUCUGCUUGGUUGGUCUUUUUUAAUGAGCUUUGUGUGUGUGUGUGUGUAUGUGGUGUGUUCAUCAAGAGACGAACCACGCAGCAGGACACAGACAGACACCCAGAUGCUGCCCAUUGAAUUACACCCUCAGUGGGUGCGUGUUAGUCACCGGGCCCUAUCGUUUCUCACCAGACGGGGAGUCCGUCCGCCCGAGGGGGGGCGAGGGAUCAAUAGAGGAUGGAUGGUAAAGGGAGGGAGGACUGUCCUGCCUCUGGUGUUUUUAGAAGAGGGAAGAUGGGUCUUGUGAGGCGUGGACAGCCGCCUCUCUCUGGAACUGUCGCCGUCUUUCUCUGCCUAAUUUGUUGUUUUUUUUCCUCUGCUGGUUUCAGUCUUUUUGUUUUUUUCUCUCUCUUACGGCUCUAACGUUCCUUUUAUUCCAUCUUCCACCCUCCUUUCAUCUAGAUUUCCUCACAUCGGGUUGGCAUCUUUCUUUUCUUUUAGUACCUGAAGGUCCAAACCUCCUAAAACUUGGUAAAAGUCCAAACUUAUUGACACUAAUUUGAUCACGAGCCGCACAGCAC